AUGGGUACUCCAUCACUCUGUUAUGGUGAUUCUACUUCUCUAAAUAUCCCAAUUAGCGCAAACACCGAUCAUCCUUUUAUUUCUCAAAAUAAUAGUGCUUAUAUUAAUCCACUUACUGCUUAUGGAAGCCCAGAACAAUCAACGGCUUUUUACUAUCCGGUUGACUCUCUUGGUUGGUGUAAUAAUGAAUGGUCUUCGGUAACUGUUCCUCCCUUAAUGGUAGAGCCUCAACUGUUUGUUUCUCAGCAAGAUGAUGGAUCGUCAGUUUCGAGUUCACAAUUAAUACCUAUCCAAUAUCCCCCUGAUAUGUCUAUGGUAUUAGUUGGUAAUUCCAACAGUUCUGGAUUGUUACUUCAACAACAAUUGACUGAUCAUGAAUGUGCUUCCUGUGGGAGAUUGUUUGAUCACUUGGGAAAGGAUGCGUUUGGUUAUUCUAUAUGCGACAAUUGUGCCCAGCCUGCCGCAUUACUACAUGCUCAACAACAGCAGUCCUGCCCUUAUAUUAUGGAUCUCGGAUCAUGCCCUUCCGCAUCAUUCAUUACCACAUCCGGUGAGGCUUUGUUACACAACAGCAUUCAACAAAAUAUUGGAGGAAUGAUGCACCCCCCACAAUCACUACAACAACAACAAUUUUGUUCUUCCGAGUUUUUGCUUCCACAACCUCAACAACACCAACAACCUAUUGCAACUCAAUUAUCUCCUCUAAAUUCAGGGAAUUUUCCUACCCUACCUAAAGUUAGGGGAAGAAAGCCGAAUAGUGGGAAAAGAAAUGUGUUGAAAGGAGGUAAGGAAAUUUUGAUUAAAUUCAGAAUAAGACCAGAAUUUACAAAUCAAAAUAAAUUACAAAAUCAGCAUAAAACCAGAAAUUACAAAACAGAAUAA